AUGGCAAUAGUCCUAUUUAAGCGGCGCCGCCGGCGCCUUUCAGCACCACUAGCGCUGGCCAGCACCCCGAGCUCUCCGCGCGGCGCCCGCGGCCGCAGCCGCCGCAGCUUCAGCCUCGGCCUCAGUGGCGCCUUUAGCCUCCCGCGAACAGGCAACAGCGCGCGGCCGCGGCCGGGGGAAGGGCGUGGAGAGUCCCGAAGUCCGCGGAGCGCAGAGAGACGGCUGGCGGCGGGGCGACAGCGCACCGGGGCCAUGCCGCGCUCCUUCCUGGUGGACUCGCUGGUGCUGCGCGAGGCAGGCGAGAAGAAGGCCCCGGAGGGCAGCCCGCCGCCGCUCUUUCCCUACGCCGUGCCCCCGCCGCACGCGCUGCACGGCCUCUCGCCCGGCGCCUGCCACGCGCGCAAGGCCGGGCUGCUGUGCGUGUGCCCGCUUUGCGUCACCGCCUCCCAGCUGCACGGGCCCCCUGGGCCGCCCGCGCUGCCUCUGCUCAAGGCAUCCUUCCCGCCCUUCGGCUCGCAGUACUGCCACGCGCCCCUAGGCCGCCAGCACUCGGCCGUGUCGCCCGGGGUCGCUCACGGCCCCGCUGCCGCCGCUGCCGCCGCCGCGCUCUACCAGACCUCCUAUCCGCUGCCCGACCCCAGGCAGUUCCACUGCAUCUCCGUGGACAGCAGCUCCAACCAGCUGCCCAGCAGCAAGAGGAUGCGCACCGCGUUCACCAGCACGCAGCUGCUGGAGCUGGAGCGCGAGUUCGCCUCUAACAUGUACCUGUCCCGCCUGCGCCGCAUUGAGAUCGCCACCUACCUGAAUCUGUCCGAGAAGCAGGUGAAGAUCUGGUUCCAGAACCGCCGGGUGAAGCACAAGAAGGAGGGCAAAGGCAGCAACCACCGCGGCGGCGGCGGGAGCGCGGGCGCGGGCACUGGCGCACCGCAAAGCUGCAAAUGCGCGUCGCUCUCCUCAGCCAAGUGCUCCGAGGAUGACGACGAAUUGCCCAUGUCUCCGUCCUCUUCGGGGAAAGAUGACCGGGAUCUCACGGUCACUCCCUAGGCGC